CUCUCUCGAUAGCAGCCAGCCGCACACAGCAAAAGAAAAAACAUCUUGUUUUUCAUUUUCAUUAUCAAUUCAAAGAUGGAUUUCCACAGUCUUUCAAGGAAAGAUCUCCAAGCUCUCUGCAAGAAGAACAAGAUCCCUGCUAACAUGACCAAUAUCUCCAUGGCCGAUGCCCUCAAAGUUCUUGACAAGGUGGAAGGACUUGACGAGUUCACCAAUGCGCCGCCCAAAUCCGAUUCACAGCAAUCCCCGGAGAAAGCUGGAUCAAAUGAAAUUCUUCAAACUUCUUGUAGAACCUCGACUCGGAGCAAGCCUCUUCGCAUCGAGCCUGAAAGCUCACAAAAACCCUUGACUCGCACUCCUGGCACAACAAGAAGAAGGGUUAUUGGGGGGAAUGGUGAUCAAGAGAACAAAAAUGCAAAUCAUCCAGAGACUCCAGCAAGCCGCAACAGGACUUCAGCAACUUCUGCUCGGCGGAAAAUGGUGGAAAUUGCUGAGGACCAACAGAAAAACAAUGUACCAAAGACACCAGCAGCAAAUAGUUGCCGGAGAAUGACUCCAGCUGUUUCGGCUAGGAGGAAAGUAGAGGCCCAGAAGGAAGAAGUAUCAGUUCAGAGGGUAUACAGCACGAGGCAAUCAUUAAGAUUGUUGGAGAAGAGCAUGGGAGGGAUGAGCUUAAAGGAGAAAGGGAGUGUCGGGCCAUUGAAGAUGGAUGAAUUGUGCAAGGAGAUUGAUGAUGUUGAAAUGAAGGAAGAGUCUGGAUCUGAUUUGCUGACAGUGCCCGAGAAGAGUUCAGAGAAAACCAUUGAUACAGAAGCGAUUUCGUGCCAAAAUCUAGAUCAUUCACUGGAGGAUAAAAGGGAAAUCAAGCAUGAACUUCAAGAGGAGAGCAACACUGAUGUCUGUGAAGUUGAAGAUUGCAAUGCAAAACAGGAAAUAGGUUCUCAGAAUUGUGAUAAUUCUGAAGUUAUUUUAUUAGACAAUGAAAGUGAAAUGACCAACGAACUUGAAGAGGAUAACAAGAAUAAUGACUGUGAUAUGGAUCACUGCUAUCCAAAAUUGGAAGGCUUAUAUGAACGAGAUGAAGACAUGAAUGAGAGUUCCGAGAAAUCAAAUCCUAUUCUAGUUGAAAGAUCAGAUAAGGCAGUACCGAUCAACCAGGAACCAAUCUACGAGAAGGGCACUGUGAAGUCUGGAUUUAUGGUGUCAGAUUCACCAACUCUCGAAGUAUCUGAAUUUGUGGAUAAAAAUUCUGAAAUGAUUUCAAAAGAAGAUAAGCAGCACCAUGACAAUGAUGAUCUCCUGUCAAACUUUGCAAUUGAGGGAGAGUCUGAUAGCAAUCAAUCAGAUGAAGCUAAUGAAAAUGGUAAAGUAGAAAUAGUUCCUGAAGAUGCUAGCAAUCAGAAGUCAGAAAGCAGACAUGAAACUGAAAGUUGCCAUUCAGUAAACGGGUCUUCUUCAACUAGUAAGUUUCCUGAUCAUUUUGUCACUAGUAAUCUUGUGGCACCCUUCGAGGAUAUCUCGUUUAAGUGCGAGAGUGAAGCACUUGUUGAAAUCCAUGUGGUGGAAGCUGAAGAAAUUGACAUGAAAACCCAUGAAUGGCACGCAUCUUCUUGUGUUUCAAAUGAGACUCCAGGAUAUGUAAAUCAAAUGGCUUCUUCCUGCACUAUGGCAUCUGACAAUGAUUCAGGUAAAAUCCUAUUGCACAAGGCGCACGAUCAUAGCAGUGCAGAGAAUUUGGUUGAUAUUACUGUAAUGUCACAAGAAGAAUUCGCCAUGGCUCCAGCUCCAGCAUUGGACAAGACUCCAUCUUCCCCCUGUCAACCCCUGGUUGCUGGUGCAAUCACAGGUCAAACAGGCUCAUCUGCACCCUUUGCAGAUGACACUCUUCAGGGUCAGUUUCCUCGUCCGACUGAAUUAAUUUCAAAGAAAUCUUCAACUAAGAAACAGCCAACAAGUUGGAAAAUGAUCGAUGCCAUCAACAAGGAGAACAUUGACGACGGUGGCAAAAAAGCGGAGCCUCAUAAAGAAAAAGAAAAUAACAAGGUCAUUGGUGAGAAGAUAUUGGAUGAAUUCAGUCUAAGGCAGCUGAGAAAGAUGAUGAAAGAAAAACUACAGAUAGCCAACAACAAGAACAGUGAAGAAGAUAAUGACACAAAGCAGGUGGGAAAGACAAGAUUGGCCUUGCAGACACUGGCUGAUGAGAAUCGCAGGCAUGGUGCUGAAGAACUGAAGUGACACCUUCUGGCCUUUUUGUCUCGGAAUUUUGAGCGAAAUGAAAUAUUUCUGUCGAAUUUGAACUUUAAUCCAGUCUUUUUUUUUCCGGUCCUGUUAUAGGCUGGCUUACCGCAACAUUUUGUUGAAUGGCAAAUUUUAAUAAAAGACGUCUGUCUGCAAGUUUUUUUA